AUGAACGGAGUCAUCAACUGUCAGAAACAAGAACUAGAAAGAAAGAAAAGUAAUAACAUCGAGUAUAUUGAAACCAGAAUCCCUUCCCCAAAAACAACUGGCACUGAAAAUUAUAAAAGGCACAUAACAUAUAUGCUCCAACACUUUGAAGCCUUAGUCACUUUUUAUGAUUUCCAAACUACUAAAAUACGGUGGUCCAACUAUAUCGGGAAACAAAAGGCUACGGAUCAUGCUAUCAAUAUUUUGACUAACGGUUCCACAAAGUACAACAAAAACAGGAGAAAAAACACUGGGCGGAAUAAACGUAAAAGACGAAAAUUAAAUAGCAGGUAUAAGCGAAAUUUUUCCAACACCAAGCAGUCAAAAAAAGGAAGACAAGCGGCGAGGGCAUUUAAGGAAAAAUUCGAAGAAGGGGAUAAAAGCAAAAUGCCAAUGAUAAUAUUCGGAGACGGGUUAAAAAACAAGUCGCAUGUCCGAUUUAAAGGACUAAGACAUGGAGUAAUCGAUAAGUUGUACAGACAGCUAAAGCGGCGUGAGAAUUUGGAUGAAUUGUUACUGCUUGAUAUCGACGAGUACAACACUUCCAAGACGUGCAAUGGCUGUCUCGUAAAGAACUUGGAGAAUCUGACGUGUGGUGAUCACAAAAUCCAUCAGAUAUUAAACUGCAACAAUUAUGUCUUAGCAUCGAAGAAUAUGUUCAUUAUUGCUAUUUCCAUUUGGAGUGGUAAUGGGUCACCAAGUGUCUUUCAAAGACAAAGCACCACCUCCAAUGUGGUUGCUGCACCGUCAUCGGUGACAGCUUAA